AUGUUCGCCCGCAUUGCCACCCGUGUCCCCAUCACCGCUGCCUUCGCCGGCAAGCGCGCUGCACCCGCUGCACUCCGAUACAACUCGUCUAGCUCAUCGAGCCGCGCUGCGCGCGUCAUUGAGAUUGCUGCUCAGGCCGAGCGACCCAGUGGCGCUGAAGCCGGUGUACCCGCCCUGUGGGCUGUGUGCGGCGCCCUGACGUACGCGGCGUGGAACCGCAUGAACGAGCAAACGGCUGGCGAGAAUGUAGAGAAGCUACUCAUUGUCUAA